AUGAAAGGAGGAGUAGGUGGAAAAGGUGCGAAAGCUAGAGGUGCUAUCAAAGGUGGAAAACAACAAAACCCAAAGAAUGCAGGAAAAGGAAAGAAACAACAGCAACAUCAACAAAAAGUACAACAAAAGUUGAAUCCAAUCAAAGAUAUUCAGAAUAAUGAGAGAAAGAAGUUGGUACAGGCACAACUUCAGAAGCAGAGAUUGAAGAGCUUCAAGAGGACAAAGAGUUCGCGUGGAAACGAUGGUGAACUUGAGGAUGUCGAUGAUAUCUCGUUGGCAGAGUACCGUCAGUCGGAGGUAAACACCGACAAACGUCAGAAGGAUCAUGUCUACGAGGGUGGCGACGAGUACGAUGACUUUGAUAUUCUCAAUGGCUCUUCGAUGCCCGUCUUUGAGUAUGCCGCCGACGAUAUUGCAUCGAUGGAAAUCCUCGGACAGGAUCAGCAACACUUGAAUCGUGGCGGUCGAAAGAUGCGAACACAAGAGGACAUCGACGAGGACAACGAGAAUAGCAUCGCCAACAACAACAACAUCCGAAAGAUGAGCAAGAAGGAAAAGGCAAAGCAAAAGUUUGACAAAAAGAUCAAGGAUGCCAAGAUGAUUCAUCUUAAACAACUGCCGUCGUUCAAGCGUUUGUUCUGGAGAGAUACAAACAGACUGUCGGCAGAGGAGCAGCUUGCCAUCCGUAAGAAGCACAAGAUCAGAAUAGAGUUUAACGAGAUUAAAACGAAUGAUUAUGUUGUAUCGACGACCGAGAAGAAGACAACCGUCAUUCCCAGACCGAUAACAACAUUUGAAGAUCGAGAUAUUCCAAAGGAGAUGGCAAAGUUUAUAGAGUUUCUCAAGAUAAAACACAAGUCCAUUAGAGAACCGACACCCGUUCAGAUGCAGUCGUGGAGUGCUGUGUUGAGUGGCAACGAUGUACUCACCAUCGCUCAGACAGGUAGUGGUAAGACACUCGGUUAUCUGUUGCCAACCAUUCCUCAUAUCAUGGCACAGAUGAGAGCAGCAAAGAAUCAACAGAAAACAGCACCCGAUGGCACUCCUAUUGAAUCGCUCAGCUCUGUCAAGGGUCCAAUUGUCUUGGUGAUUGUACCGACCAGAGAGUUGGCACAACAAGUCGAAUCGGUAUGCAAACCUCUCAGAACUAAAUUCGGUAUACAUUCACUCGCUGUCUAUGGUGGAAUCAAAGCACACGAACAAAAAGAGAUUCUCUCUGAGGAGCACAACGAAAUUGUCAUUGCAACACCGGGUCGUCUUGUAGAUCUCAUCGAACGUUCACAUCAAGUUGCCGGUCUACUCUCAAGAGUCACAAUGUUAAUCUUUGACGAAGCAGAUCGUAUGCUUCAAAUGGGUUUCGGUGAUCAAUUACAAAAGAUAUCUGAACAAAUUAGACCAGAUAGACAAACAUUGAUGUUUAGUGCCACUUUCCCAAAGCCAAUGCAAGAAGCAGCUGGAAAGUGGUUAAAGAGACACUUGAAGAUUAGAGUAAAGUCUAGUACUGCCAAUCAAGAGAAUACUUCAGUUAUCACAAAGAAUGUGAAACAGGUGGUUACCAUUGUCGACAAGGCAGAGGAGAAAUACGAACAUUUCCUAAAGUUUAUAAAGAGUGUAAAUGAUAGAGAACAGAGUAUGCGUAAUAGAAGUUUGAUAUUGGUGUUUGUCAAUCAGAUUAGAAAGGUAGAACCGCUACAGAAGCGUUUGGAAAAGUCGUUGGCUACCGACAAGUCAAAGAAGAGACCAACAAAGAUUGGUUGUAUGCACGGUGAUAUGAAGCAAGAGGAGAGAGAUCAAACUAUCAAGGACUUUAAGAGUGGAAAGACAACCGUUUUGAUAUCAACCGAUAUUCUUGGUAGAGGUAUACAUAUUAAUAAUUUAAGAUUCAUCAUAAAUUAUGAUUUCCCACUAUCAUUAGAUCAAUAUAUUCAUAGAGUUGGUAGAACAGGUAGACAAGGUAAUAAAGGUCACUCUGUAUCUUAUUUCGAUCCAACCAUUGAUAAAACUAUGGCAACUGGAUUGGUUAAUAUUUUGAAGGAAUGCGACCAAACUGUAAAACCAGAUCUAAUAGAACUAGCCAGCUCUUCUCAAGUUCCACAAGAAGCAACACCUGUCUUUACAACUCAAGAGAAUGGAGAAGAAGACGACGAUCAAGAUGAAGAUGAAUUAGAUACAGAUGACAGUGAUUUCGAUUUCGAUAUGAAAGAUAAUGAUGAGAAUAGUGAUGAUGAAGAUGAUGGUGAUGUUCAAUUUGAAGAUGCAGAAGAUGAUGAUGAAGAUGAAUAUGAAGAGGAAGAUGAAGAAGAAGAUGAUGAAUAA